AUGAAAAUAACAACAUGGAAUGUCAGGGGUCUAUCGGCCCCUGACAAAAAACGCUUGGUCAAGAGGGCAAUUCAAAGAAUCUCAGGAGAUAUCAUAAUGAUGCAAGAGACCAAGCUUAAUGAACAAAAAGCUUCCUUUUUCAAAUCUUUUAGUAGAAUGUGGGAUGGUGUGUUUCAGGAGGCGAAAGGAUCCAUGGGUGCAAUGGUGGUUCUUUGGAAUCCAGAUAAAGUGGCAGUAGAUUUGAUCUACAAGCAAGAAAAUUGGAUGCAUUGUAAAGUAAGAUUCUUGCAGGAAGAUAUGGAAUUUUCCCUAUUCAAUGUUUAUGGGUCGACUAAGACAGAAGAAAAGAAAAGGGUUUGGAUAGAAAUUACAGAUCAAAUUAGAAUGAUUGAUUCAGAGAAAGCAAUUGUGGCAGGAGAUUUCAAUGCAUUACUCAACAAUGAAGAAAAAUUUGGAGGUUUAAGAAUGAAUGCCCGAGUGAUGGAAGAUUUCAGAGAUUUUGUGACAGACAAUAACCUCUUUGAUGUAAUCCCUAAAUCAGGAAAAUUUACAUGGACUAACAGGAGGGCAAAUUUUAGCAAAAUCUCUGAGAGAUUGGACAAAAUAUUUGUUGGAUCAUUUUGGAUAAGAGGUAAGUUUGAUUUGGAGUCAAUUAUCCAGCCCAUGACACUUUCAGAUCACUUUCUAGUACAGUUGAAUUGCACAAUACCAUUGACAAAGGUGAAAGGGAAUUUUAAUUUUUUGAGUAUGUGGUGGAGAGAUUCAAACUUCAAAGUAAACAUUGAGAAGUGGUGGAAAGAAUGUUUAGACAUUAAAGGCACUCCAAGCUAUUGUUUUGUCAAAAAGAUGAAAUAUCUUAAGAACAAAAUCAAAAUGUGGAAUGUGGUGUCCUUCAAGAAUAUUUUUGCUGAAAAAAUAAGGGUGGAAGCGGAAUUAGAUAGGAUCAAUAACUUGGUGAUUGAGAAGGGGAUGACGAAUGAAGAGUUUCAGUCUGAGAAUUCCCUUAAAGCUGAACUGGCAGAAAUUCUUUUAAGAGAAGAAAUGUUUUGGCGGGACAAAUCCAGAGAAUUAUGGAUAGAUGCAGGGGAUUCAAAUUCCAAAUUUUUUCAUGCCUCUUUAAAAGCAAAAAGGAAUAAAAACAGAAUCAAUCAGUUGAUGGAUGUUUCGGGCAAAAUGGUUGGCAAAGCAGAGGAGAUAGAGAACAUAGCAGUCAAAUAUUUUGAGGAAAUUUUGGGAUCAUCGGUGGGGGCUAGAGAUGAAACUGUUGAAUAUCUUUUCGAUAUCAUUGACAAACAGAUUUUGGAGGAGGAUAAUGCAUCACUAUUAUCUUCAAUUACAAAAGACGAAAUCAAAAAGGCAACAUUUGAGCUACAUCCGCAUAAAGCACUGGGUCUAGAUGGGGUGACUAUGGAGUUGUAUCAGAGGUGUUGGAAAUUCAUGGGAGAGGAUAUAUAG